CCAGUGGUCUAGGGGGCCCAUUGAAAUGACAGCCAACACAGAUUGAAGUCAGUGGAAGUUGCCCAAGCAACCACAGGCGCGGGGACGGGGAGGAGGAAAUUCUCAUUCCCUGGGCGAGAUUUCUAUGGUCUGGAUAUAUGGCAUUUCCUGUCAGUGUAAAUAGACCGAAGGGUUGACAUGGCUGCUGGACAAUGCAUGAUUGUUUUAAACUGAAAAAACAAAGGAGCAUCAAAGAAAUAUCCUCCAUGCGAGGACCAUUAUUCUGUACAAAUGAAUGCGGCGGUGGGUAGGUCAUUGUGUUAGCGAGCUAACAUGGACCUAGGAUCAAUGUUGUACAACAAUUUGAAAGAUGUUACAUGGAGCACGACGACCCUGUCCCUGGAUCGACUUGUCAGUGCCUACAGACUACCGCAGAUUGUUAAAUUGGACGUUGGGCAGACGGUGGAAGGCCUGCGUGAGAAUGACUACCUCUUGAUUCACUCGUGUCGGCAGUGGACCACAGUCACCGCCCAUAGCCUGGAGGAGGGCCAUUAUGUCAUCGGGCCCAAAAUCGAGAUCCCGGUCCAUUAUGAGGGCCAGUUCAAGUUGCUGGAGCAGGACCGUGACAUCAAGGAGCCUGUGCAGUACUUCAACAGUGUGGAGGAGGUGGCCAAGGCCUUUCCCGAGCGCGUCUACGUCAUGGAGGAAAUCACUUUCAAUGUCAAGAUGGCGUCGGGCGAGUGCAACGAGGACACGGAGGUGUACAACAUCACGCUGAGCACGGGCGACGAGCUGACCCUGAUGGGCCAGGCCGAGAUCCUGUACGCCAAGACGGCGCGCGAGAAGUCGCGCUUCAACACCAUCCUCAAGCGCAUCGGCAAGCUGAACUCGCUGGGCAAGCUGGGCCGCGGCAAGAUGCCCUGCCUCAUCUGCAUGAACCACCGCACCAACGAGAGCAUCAGCCUGCCCUUUCAGUGCAAAGGCCGCUUCAGCACCUGCUCGCCGCUGGAGCUGCAGAUGCAGGAGGGCGAGCACACCAUCCGCACCAUCGUGGAGAAGACGCGGCUGCCGGUGAACGUCACGGUGCCCAGCGGGCCGCCGCGCAACCAGCACGACCUGCACCUGAUCCGCGAGGGCCACCGCUACAAGCUGGUCAACAUCCAGACCAAGACGGUGGUGGUGUGCUGCGCGCUGCGGGCCAACAAGGUGCUGCCCGUGCACUUCCCGCUGUCCCAGCAGCACCACCACCACCACCUGGCCACCUCCUCCUCCUCCUCCACCCAGCCCCCGCCGCCGCCGCCGCUGCUGCUGCCCCGCCUGCUGCUGCCCGAGGGCCUCAUACAGGGGGAGCCCUGGCUGGAGACGGUGGUGCACCGCUGGUUCGCCUACUGCCAGGAGCAGUUCAACAUCGACGACUACUCCCGGGCGGUGAGGGACGUGCGGGUGGACUGGAGCGAGGAAGGGAAGAGCCCCAAGAAGGGCUCCCAGGGAGGGGGGGUGGUGGUAGGCGGUACGGGUGGAGGUGGUGGUGGUAUUGGUGGUGGUGGUGGAGGAGGAGGCAGCAUUGGCAAUGUCGGAGGUGGCGGGUUACUCGGAGGAGGUGGCAGCGGAGUCGUCGUCGGAGGCGGGGGUGUUGGGAGCAACGGGUGCCCGGGACACGUUCACCACCACCUGCCCAGCUCGCUCAGCUCCGCCCGCGACGAGCUCACCCAGUCCUUCCACCGCCUGUCCGUCUGCGUCUACGGCAACAACCUCCACGGCAACAGCGAGGUCAUCCUGCAGGGCUGCGUGAGCCUGUGCAGCGACUACGCCCCCCCUCCCCCAUCCUCCUUGGACUCCCCCGACACAGACUACCUACUGCCAGAGCUGGGGGACAUCAGCCCCACUGGCUCCAGUGGCCACAACAAGCCUGACGUGCCCUACGAGGAGCUGUGGCUGGAACACACAAUGAAGAGUCUGGCCCAGAGGACUACGGUACCGCUGCCCAUAGCCACCACAACGGAACUCUGCCACAGCGCGGCCAUUGUCAGGGGCAACAGUAGCGUUGGCGUUGGUGUUGGCGUGCCACCGGUGCUGACGUAUCCCGUGGUGGUGGGAAACCCAGCUGCCUGCACCCUGCUAAGCUCAGACCUCAGUCUACCUCCGCCCCCUGUGCCUCCCAAGUCUGAAGCUGUGAAGGAAGAGUGCCGGCUCCUGAACGCCCCGCCCAUCCCUCCUCGGAGCUCCAAGCAGCAGGGUGGUGGUGUUGUUGGUGGGGGCGUCCUCUCCUGCCCCACCCCGGUCUCGGCCCCCCUGCCCCCGGUCAAACCCCGCCAGCAGGACACGCGCUCCCCCAGCCCCACGCUCUCCUACUACUCCUCUGGCCUGCACAACAUCAGCAGUGGCGAUAAGGAGGGGGGCUGUGAUGGCGACGACCCAGCCCAGCUGUGCUACCCCUGUCCCUGGCUGCGUCCGGGCGAGAGCCCCUCCUCCACCACCACCACCACCACCACGAGUGGCACGAGUGGUACCCGGCUGUGCCUGACGCCGCUGGACGCCGCGCUGCCCUCGCGCCUCUCCUGGCCUACCGACUUCUGCAGCGGAGCUGGGGGCGACUGCCACUCCUCCUCGUCCUCCUCGACCGACUUCGCCUCCGUCCACUGCUCCGUCCGCAGCUACUCCAGCUACCCCCGCAAGCGCACGCCCAGCACCCCCAAGGCCUCCUCCUCUGGCCCCCUGGACUUGGACGGGACCCACCGAGGAGGUGGAGGGCUAGGAGGUGGAGGGGAGGCGUCCUUGUCCUCCUCCUCCAGGUCCCCUCUGCUGUGCCGCGUGGGCCAGUUCCACACCAAGUCCACCAGCUACACCAUGGAGCUGAGCAGGGACGAGGAUGGCGGCAAGCCCAUCGAGCAGCAGUGCGACCGGGCCAAGCAGAGCCAGUCCUGCCCCAGCCUGCCGCCCAGGACACCCAAGCAGCCCACUAGCGAAUUACUGCUAGCGGCCCGCGGCAAGGACACGGACAUCGCUGCUAUCGCCAUGGCCUCAGCAGCAGUAGCAGCAUCAGUACCACAAGCAGUGUCGUCGUCCUCAGCAGAAGCAGCAGCCUCGUCAUCGUCAGACAUGACUGAAGUGUUGGACUCUGCUGCAGAAAGCUCUUUAGAACAGCAGCAGUUGUCCACAGCCAGCGGUGAAGUAUUCUCCAUCUCGUAUCCACACACAGACACUACAGACUCGGGGGCGUCGGAGUCAGAGUCGUCGUGGCGACCGCCCACCAACCUAUCAGGGCUGUCCAUCGAGGAGGUGUCGCACUCGCUGCACUUCAUCGGCCUGGCGGAGGACGUGGUGGCGCUGUUUGUGCGCGAGAAGAUCGACGGCAACCUCCUCACGCAGCUGACCGAGGAGAUCCUCUCAGAGGACUUCAAGCUCACAAAACUCCAGGUCAAGAAACUCUUGCAGUUCAUUGGUGGCUGGAGGCCGAAAAUGUAAUAAUAAUAAUUAUAAUAAUGUUUAUGAUGAUAAUAAUAAUAAUGAAAAAUAAUAAUAUACUCGAACAAAAACGAAAGACAAAAAAAAAAACCUUACGAAACUUGUUUGUGCAUGGCACAUGAACAUGUGCCACAACUGACGGUACUUUGGCCUUGCGUGUGGUUGCCCAGACAGUUUUGUACCUAAACACUAUGCACAUUCAGUGGCCUUAAAGUGGUGGCCAUUUUGUGUAAUAUAGCCUACAUGACUUAUAUACAGUAUGUAUAUAUUAUAUGGGGUGCUUUUACUUUUUAUGUUUUAAGUAUACAGUAUGUCUGUAUGAUAACGGUAUGUAUCUUUGUCAAACUCCCUUCUCUAACCCCCCCCCCCGGUAGGGACGUGCACAAUGGAAAGAAAACACUACUUUUGCUCAAAACCCCAAAGCCUUUUAUCUCAUGAAGCUGAAUUGAUAUUGAUGUACACAAAAACAAUCAUGGAUGACACUAGAACAAGGAUUGCAAAGAUUGUUUGUUUUGACGAGGUGAAGUCUGCUUACGAUGACCGAUUGUUGUACAGUUGUAAAAAAAAGAAAAGAAAACAGAACAGUGUAAUGUAACUGUAUGAAGUAUCUGCAUUUCUCCUUCCCUACCCUUUACCUUAAAGCAGUACCACACUGUUUCUGGAAAAAAAGCUAAUUUUACACCUCCUCUUCAGGUUUUAACCUUUCACCUUUCUCCUGGUCUUCCAGCCAUUAUCUUAGUCCAGGGCUGUCAAACUCAAAUUGACUGAGGGCCAAAAUCAAAAUCUGGGGCCUCAUGUACAAAACUUACUUAUGCACAAAAAAGCUCCUUAAGUAACUUUCCACAAACAUUUUCAGAUGUACCAAUACUGACUUAGCAUGAAAAAGUGCACGUUUACUAAAUUUCAUGUGAAAUUGGUCAUACCACAUGAAUCAGCAUGAACACCUGUUUAGGUGUGGAGUGAUGCAUUUAAGAUUUUCAGGCGCAAAUGCAUUUUUUCAGAUAUUCACUUACGCAAAGAUUCAGUAAGAAAUCUACAGAAGUCUUUGUACAUGAGGCCCCAGGAACGAAAUUGCGAACCGAACUCACCAUUAUUUAAAAAAAUUGACUAAAAUUGUCCGUACAUGCACUUUUUAUACUCAGUUAAAUUUCACACACUCUUUCCCAUCAUACAUGGUAGUUUAAAUGCGUCUUCACAUCUUGACACAGAAAAUGUCAUGUUCAAGUCUUGUUACACUAUACAUUAAUGGUGUAUGUGGGCCAACUGUGACACACAUUUGAAAUUAUCUCGCGGGCCGAAUACGGGCUAGAUUUGGCUCCCGGGCCUUAGUUUGACAUCCCUGUCUCUUAAUCUGUUGAUGUUACUUCUAGGUACAUAACUCUUCUGGUACCAGUUAGUUACUAGUUAUAUGCUUGCUAUCUUAGAGGUUGAAUUUGGGUGGACCUUGAAGUCCCUGCUGCUUUCCUAUGUAGAAGGCAAAAAAUAAGGAAGCACCCAUUUAGCAUAUCUGAAUACCCUCGUAAGCUUUCAACCAGGAGACGAACUGUAUCCUGAUGACUUUCUAUAUCCGGUCAUAUUUACAGUAGGCAAAUUAUGGUUACUUAGCUAUCCCAGAAGUCUGCGGCCACAACUAUACAGCCAUUGGUCAUUAAUCAAUCCGGUUCAAAGUUUAUGUAUAUGACGGUGCGAGCAUUGCAAGACUCAGAGAACGGCUGAAAGUACAGGAGAAAGACAACUCAAUUCUUUAACUCAAGGAGAGGUGUGAAAUUAUAUUACUAGAAAUGAUGUGGUAUCGCUUUAAUACUUUGCCAUGAUAAAAACAAAAUGAAGUGAUCCACUACCUUUGCUGUGCUGGUAACUGUAAUCCAGUUGUCUGUCCCUGUCCCUUCUACCCCUAUCAGAUGCUUUCUGUUAAAGCAACUGUAAGCCUGGUCUGUGAAUGCCUUAGUAUGUAAAAACAGGUCUAAUAAUAAAAGCCAUAUAAACCAGGUGAUUGCCGAUGCAGAACGCAACUUUUGCAACUUUGGGGCAUUGCAAAAAAACAAACAAAAAGAAAUAAAAAUUAAAAAAUAAAGAAAAGAGAGAAUGUUUUGUGAACAA